GGCGUCGUCGUCGACUUUGUCAGCUGUCUGUCCGGCGGCGUCAUGCGUCUCAUCGAGACCUCCGUCGUACUCGAUGACGUCUCCCUCCACCACGUCAUCAACGCCCUCACCAAUCUGAGCCAGGAAACUAUGGAAAUCGCUUAUUCCAAUCGGGAACCUUCCCUCUUCGCAGUGGCCAAGCUGUUGGAAAUCGGUCUGGUGAACCUGGACCGGGUAGAAAUCUACUGGCGGCCUUUGACGAACCACCUCCUGGAAGUGUGUCGUCACCCGCACAUCCGAAUGCGGGAGUGGGGCUCGGAAGCCAUCACCUUCCUCGUCCGCUCCGCCCUGCUGCACGAGGAGAGCAAGGAGGACAAGGUGGCCGGCCUGCUCCUCAGCUCCCUAUGCGAACUCUCCUCCGUCCCCCGCAACCAGGGAAAAUGAGAUUCUAAAGGAAGAACUGUAGUAACUUGGGCGGUGAAGCCGCAUUGAGAGACACGAGAGCCGGUAAUAUUCGUCUAAUUUUAUUUUGUCCAGCCUCUUUUUCCACCACCGUCACCACUUUGCUUCAGUUUUUUGGCAGCCAGCCACCACCAUGCUUUAUGUACUCCUCCGCUCCAAAUCAGUUCACCAUAUGCUUGCUCUCUUGCAUAAAAUUUGUGUUUACAUUUCUCACUACAAUUAAAUUUGUAAAAAUAAUUACCCUAGUGGUUUUUGUAAUUACUAUCAACAUGACAAAUGCAUAAAAUGCUAUUGGAAUUGC